CAAUGGCACAUCUCCUCUGAACACACUCAAAACAAGUCGGAAACAACUUGAAGGCACACAACAAUUCCAGAGUUGCGUUCCAGUGCUCAAACCACUAGGCCGCACCAGCUCUCUCCUACUCAUUACCACUUAACCAAAUACAUUUUCGACUAACUUUCCUCUUUCUCUUGCAGUGACUUUAGAGCACCUUUGACUUCGCUCUCCUACAGUCCUUGGCCACUGCUUACAAGACGGCGAUGGAGGCCCUCCGCAGCUCGGAGGACAUGCUGGCCAAGGCAACCCAGCUUUGGACGAUGCUGGACGAUAUGGCCGAGAGCAAUCCGGAAAGUUACCGCCAGUUUAUGCAGAAGCAAUUCAAGGAUGCCAAGGAGUACUAUGCGCCUCCGGAGCCAUGGCUGUGCCUGAGGACCCACAUCUUGGAGGACGCUGCUGAAAAAAGAUUAUUUGUUAAUAUCUGCAAAUGGAAUAGAGUUCCUGAACCCGCUUCGCCAUCUCAACGGAUACCAUUAACAGCCGGCAAAAUGGAGGAGGUGACUGAUAAAUCAGGGUUCUACUGUAUCCUGGAUGUUGCGUACAAUCCAUCUGUUCUUGAGAGGGGGAAAAACGACCCAGCAGAAAAGGACCAGUUGAUACGUCUGUCUCUUAAGUACAUUGAAGCGCAUUACAACAUCGCUCUGUCCCAGUCCUACAGUAUUGCAAAAUUUAAGCUAAAAGGAAGUCUUGAAAGGAUGAGGCAGAGCUUGAGAAGAGAGCAGGAACCGGUACCUUUCUCCCAAAAGAGCACAAAGACAGAAGUGACGCUCAACCAGCUGAGAAACAUCAUCGAGGAGGAGAGGAGAGACGUUCCUCUGCUGAUGAAGAAUGAAGUGCCUGCUAAAACGUGCCUCAUUGAAGAGAUUUACAGUACAGAGAGCCCAGAGGAAUUAUGCACCCCGGCUUAUGAAAUCGCCAUCGCAAAGGACACAAGUGGGAAGCCGCUGAAAAUUGAACUGAAAGUUGAAUUGCCAGAGGUGCGCUCUGUCUCUGAGUGUCACCUAAGCGUUUCCAAGGAUGAUGUCUUGAUUGAGUGCCUUGAAAAAUACAGGCUGCAGUUGGAUCUUCCAGAGACUGUCAACGAAGAAGCAACAACGGCAGCAUUUUACAAGAAGAAAGGUCUCCUGUUGAUCACAAUGCCUGUGUGUCAGCCAAAGUGAUAGUGUUACAUACAUGCAUAUAGAGCUUUCUCUCUCUAUAUAUAUAUAUAUAUACUAUGCAUGAUAUAUAUAUGCGUGUGUGUGUGCAUAUUGCUUACUCAGUAGUUAGAAGAUCUUGCGUACGUUAAUAUUAACUCUGCUGGCUGUGUCUUCUGGCAGGAAUCCCAGCUGCCCUUUGGACAAAUGCAGGAACAUGCAGCCUAGAGGCAAAGUACAUCCCCAAGUACAGAACUGAAACCCAACACUAACAGAAAGUAUUCAAACACUUACAAUAUAUAUUUUUUCUUAAUGCAUGAUUUUUGCUGUCCAAGAGAUCGACAAAUGCAUAAAAACCUUGUAAUGUAAUAAUUAAAAUUAACAUCUUAAA